AAAACGAAAAGAAAGGAGCGGCGGAGGCAAACACGGCUAUAGGCUGCAAGCAAAGGACAAGAAGUUUGCUCUCUCAGUCUCGGCCAAUCUGUGGCUCGCAUCGUCCUAAUUCUCGCAGUGGGUGACGUUUCUUCUUCAACCACCGCUGCACAACCACAACUCUAUACGCUUCACUUCGAUUCCCUCUGCGAGCAAUUCGCCACCAAGCUCCCUCAAAUUUCAGGGAUGCUAGGAAAAUCAUUGGUAUCUCCUAUAUCAACAGUUGAUUCUGUAACUCGUCUCUGCUUUUCUACUCCCUGCACUGGCACCGCCAAAUCAGAAGCUGUAUGUUCAAAUGUGAGUUUCUCCUAUCAGCCUGCUAAGUAUAUGAUAAUGGAUGUGAGGAGACAAAGUCCCUAUCCGAGGAAGUGGGAAAUCCAUUCAACUGCUCAAGUCGAAAGCUUGGUAUUAAGUGAUGAGGAUAAGAAGACAUGGGAAGCUUGUCGGCAAGCUCUGUCCACGUUCAGCUUUAGUGAUGAGGAGCAAGAUAAGAUGCUCGGAAAGGCGUUUGGCCACAUUCAUUCACCCUACUGGGGCGAAGACAGAAAGAAGGAAGUUCCUAAUAUUGAUACCGUAAAUGAGAUACUGGAAUAUCUGAGGACACUUGGGCUCUCUAAUGACGAUCUCUCUAAGCUGCUCAAAAAAUUCCCUGAAGUUCUUGGGUGCAAUCUUGAGCAGGAGCUGAAAACCAACGUACAAUUGUUGGAGAAGGAGUGGGGAAUUCAAGGCAAAUCACUAAGGAAUCUUCUUCUGCGUAAUCCCAAGGUAUUGGGUUACAAUGUUGAUUGUAAAGGAGACUGCAUUGCAAAAUGCACCAGAUGCUGGGUUCGAUUCUAAUCACACUUUCUUUUACACAAUUACUUAUACCAAUAAUAACUUGUGCACAUGAAUCAUGUCUGAAUUA